CUGGGUCUCACUAUCGCCAAAUAUAUUUGGAGAUCGGCUUCGGCUACGGCUUGGCAGACAUUUUUUUCUUUCUACAAUUUUAAAUUAAAUUUAUUAGAAUAAAUGCUUCGAACACACGCGAUCUAAGUACCUUUUGUGUUUAUUAUACCUUACCUACCUAGGUAUAAAAAGAGUACUUACGUAGAUUUUCUUUUAUUAACUGUUUUAUACGAAGAUCUUGAUCUCUCAAAUUAGCAUCCAUUUUACUUCCAGUGAUUAUCAACUAAAUUAAUAAUCCACAAAGUAUUAAAUAACGUUUUUAUGAAAUAUUUAGCACAAAAACAAUACCCUUUAAAUAUCGAUCGUCAGUAACUGUGGCUGACUUACCUAUAUUCUAGCAAGCAGGACUGCCAGAUGUGAAGGGGAAAUCCCCAAUAAAUUGUUGCAUGUGACUGAUGAUGUGAGCAUGUUCGUUUCAUAAUAAAAAUGUUGCCAGGUAACCAAAAAGUCGUAUGUUUUUGUGCGAAUUACGAUCAUAAUCUUUACGAUCGUACAUUAAAAAAUAGACAAAUAAUAGUAUGAGUACGAUUUAAAUCGUAUAUCUGUCAACCCUGCUAGCAAGACAGCGACAAAAUCACGUUGCAUAACAAUGUAGCCCAAGCUUAUAUCUUAUGAAAUAUACGGAAGAGAUACGGACUUAGAAAAAACAGAAAUGUUGUUCUUUGUGGAAGUCAUUGAUGAAAUUCUAUGUAUUUUAGCCCGCAAACUUUCUUCAAACAAAAACAGCGCCAUCUAGUAUCGAGUUCUGUAAUUAUCUCUUUGUUUAUGGAUUUGAAGUAAGACCGCCACGCAUGCAAUACAUUAUGACUGGGGAUUCCCCUAUUCGUCGACGCUGAAUAUGAGGCGACGACAAUCACUGUCAAACGUGUUCACUAUUACUCUGACUCUGGUAACGUGACUUCCUGGUAACGUGUUAGGUAGGAAAAGCAGUAAAAAAGUGCAUAUUAAGGGAGCAGAUUUGAAAUAAUAUUUAUACUUAACAAGAAAUAAUUAAAGGUUCAAUGGGGAGACCUAAAGAUUUACGCAUAUGGGAGCACUACCGUCACUUUACCAAACAAGUCUGUUUCUUGCAAGCUUUGUAAUAAGGUCUACAAAUUCAGUAAUGCUGCCAAAAUGCUUCAACAUCUUAUCACUUGUCCAAAAUCUCCAGAAACAUUAAAAGACUCUAUGAAACUUAUAAAAGAUAGCUCGUCCAAAACCAAAAUGUCUGGACUGUCAGAGAUAGAGACAAAUGAUUCUUUUAUAAGCCCCUCGUCGUCUGCUAACACUACAAUAAAUGCUGAGUUUCAAGACACCGAUGAUCAUAUAAAAACAGAAUUAGCGAGAGCUAUAUUUGUAACAGGGACGCCAUUAUCGAUGGUGCAACAUCCUUUAUGGAUACAAUUUUUCGAAAAAUUGCAACCAAAAUUUAAAAUACCUUCACGUAAAGCUUUAGCGACAAAAUACUUAGAUAAAAUAUAUAGAGAAAUGCGUUUUGAGUUAAAUGAGGAACUAAAUGCUUGUAGUUACUUACACCUUCAGUGCGAUGGCUGGUCUAAUUUAAGAAAUGAAGGAAUAAUAAACUUUCUUAUAUCAAAACCUCAACCUGCAUACGUUAAAAGUUUGAAUACAGAAAGUAAUCCUCACACUAGUGAAUACCUUAGCCAAGAAGUUGAAAAAGUAAUGAAAGUGUAUGGAGCAAAUAAGUUUCUUGUACUUAUUGGCGAUAACGCUAGAAAUAUACAAAAGGCAUUCGAAUUAACAAAACUCAAAUAUCCACAUGUUGUUCCUCUCGGUUGCUGUGCACAUAUCCUUAACUUGUUGUGCCAAGAUAUUGUAAAGAUACAAGAAGUAACUGUGUUUAUUAUGCAAGCCAUAAAUAUAAUAAAAACUGUUAAAAGGAGUCAACGAUUAAGUUCCUUGUUGAUAAAAUCAAGGCAGGGUGAAGAUUCUACACAAACACUAAAAUUGCCUUGUGCUACAAGAUGGGGAAGUCAUGUUACUUCGUUAAAAAGUUUGAAAGCAAAUAAGAUAGCUUUGCAAAUAUUAACAGUUAGAGAAGAUGUGGUAAUUUCAAGAGAUAUUAAAGAUUUAAUUCUAAGUGAUGAUUUCUGGACGAAGACAGGGGAAUGUAUAAGUAUUUUGGAACCAGUCACUGAAAGCAUAUUUUACUUAGAGAGCGACCAGAAUCGUUUGCAUCGCACAUACAUUACAUUUAGAGAUGUACAAGCUAAGAUACGUUUUGCAUUAAAUGAGAUUUCGACAUUGAGCGAAGAAAGCAAACAGCAGAUUCUAACAUCAGUAUCUUCAAGAUGCAAUAUGGCAAUGAGGCCAAUACAUUUUGCAGCAUAUAUUCUAGACCCCAGGACUCUAGGAGUCGAACUUACUCAAGAGGAAGAACUUAAGGGUAUGGAGUUUAUCUACAAUUUAAGCCAACACUUAAGUUUGUCAAAUGUAAUGGCAGAUUUGGCGUGUUAUAAAGCUAAAGAAAACUUUUGGGCCAGAGGAUUUGUAUGGAGCUCAUUAGAUAGCAUUGAGCCCCUAAUAUGGUGGAAAGGUAUUUGUGGUUCCACUGAGUUAAGCAAAGUAGCGAUUCGUAUUCUAUCAGCUCCCUGUACUUCGGCAGCCACUGAGCGUUCCUUUAGUAUCCAAGGCUACAUACAUAAUAACAAAAGAAAUUGACUUACAACUGAAAGAACUGAAAAAAUUUCAUUCAUUUGUUAUAACUGGAAUCUUAAACAUAAAGCUGAAUGCGAGGACAUUCAGUUUAAUGAAGAAAAUACCUUAGAAGCUUUCAUUGAGCAAGUAAAUGAACAUAACAGUUUAGACGAAAUAGAGCCUAUCGAACCUAUACAAUUCAUCGCUUGUAAUAACUCUGAAUCUGACAGUGAUUGACUGUAGUUUUACAUUUUACUUUCAUCUCUUUCUUAAUAAACUCAAAAUCAAAUUAAAAGUUUUUUAUUCUGUAGGCUGCAUAAUAAUAUUGUCUAUGUCCAGUAUAGUGGACGUCUUGCGGCUGAGAUGACGAUGAUGAAGUACAAAAUCAUAAACACCCAAAAAUUUGGGUGUUUAUGGGGUUUAAACCCAAUAAACCCAAAACACCCGGUUUUUACCCACCAGACUUUAAACCCACCCAGGUGGAUUGCCCAUC